CCUCCCUCCUGGCCGCCCCUCCUCCGUCCCGCCCCCGCGCAGAGUUCCUAGCGCUGCAGAGGGCGCCGGCAGCACCGCUGCUCCCGAAGCCGCUGCUCGCCGGCACACGCUUGGAGAGGGGAUCAAGGAGCCUUGCCCUCACCCCGCCCCCGACUCCGCAGUCACCGCUAGAGCCGGUUCCCUUUCAUCAAGGCUCCGGUUGGGACCUUCACAGCCGGGUGGCCUCCGCCCGGCUCGUCCUGCAGCACCGCUCCCCUACAGCCCCCUCUGCGUCCGGAACUUGGGCAGGACAGACCGGACUAGCGCGCCCGGCUGGCUCGGGCGCUGCGGCGAUGCCUGCGGGCUCCCUCUCAGCCACUUGCUCGCCCUGCGCUUGGUCUCGGGCCCCGACGGCAACGCUGUGAGAUGACUUUCCGCGACAUCCUGAGCGUCACCUUCGAAGGACCCCGCUCGAGCAGUAGCACUGGGGGCUCUGGUGCGGGCGGUGGAGCUAGCACGGCCAGCCCUGAGGGUCCAGCGGUAGGCAGCGUGCCGGGGGCAACUGGCGGCGGCGCUGUGGUGGGAACCGGCAGCAGCGAAGAUAACCAGAGCUCCACGGGAGAACCGGGGGCCACAAGCAGCGGCGAGGUGAAUGGCUCAGCGGCCGUCGGGGGACUGGUGGUGAGUGCGCAGGGCGUGGGAGUGGGCGUCUUCCUAGCCGCCUUCAUACUCACCGCUGUAGCGGGCAACCUGCUCGUUAUCCUCUCGGUAGCCUGCAACCGCCACCUGCAGACGGUCACCAACUAUUUUAUCGUGAACCUGGCGGUGGCUGACCUGCUACUGAGUGCAGCUGUACUGCCUUUCUCAGCCACUAUGGAGGUUCUUGGCUUCUGGGCCUUCGGACGGACCUUCUGCGACGUAUGGGCCGCGGUGGAUGUGCUAUGCUGCACCGCAUCCAUCCUUAGCCUCUGCACCAUCUCUGUGGACCGGUACGUGGGCGUGCGCCACUCGCUCAAGUACCCAGCCAUCAUGACAGAGCGCAAGGCCGCUGCCAUUCUGGCUCUGCUUUGGGCGGUGGCCCUGGUGGUGUCCGUGGGACCGCUACUAGGCUGGAAGGAGCCAGUGCCCCCGGAUGAGCGUUUCUGCGGCAUCACUGAGGAGGUGGGCUAUGCAGUCUUCUCUUCCUUGUGCUCCUUCUACCUGCCCAUGGCGGUGAUCGUGGUCAUGUACUGCCGCGUGUACGUGGUAGCGCGCAGCACCACUCGGAGCCUCGAGGCAGGCAUGAAGCGGGAGCCCGGCAAAGCCUCCGAAGUGGUUCUGAGGAUCCACUGUCGCGGUGCAGCCACGAGCGCCAAAGGAACCCAGGGGACACAGAAUAGCAAGGGCCACACCUUGCGCAGCUCACUCUCUGUGAGGCUUCUUAAGUUUUCCCGCGAGAAAAAGGCUGCCAAGACGCUGGCCAUCGUCGUGGGUGUCUUCGUCCUGUGUUGGUUCCCUUUCUUCUUCGUCCUGCCACUGGGUUCUCUGUUCCCGCAGCUGAAGCCAUCAGAGGGCGUCUUCAAGGUCAUCUUCUGGCUGGGCUACUUCAACAGCUGUGUGAACCCGCUCAUCUACCCCUGCUCCAGCCGCGAGUUCAAGCGCGCCUUCCUCCGCCUCCUGCGCUGCCAGUGUCGCCGCCGCCGCCGCCGCCUCUGGCGCGUCUACGGCCACCACUGGCGAGCCUCGACCGGCGACCCCCGUUCCGACUGCGCCCCCAGCCCUCGCGUUGCGCCCCCUGGGGCCUCCUUGGCCCUCACUGCACACCCAGACCGGGGCUCCGCAGAAGCGCCCGAGGCGCAGGCUCCGGUCUCAGGCCGUCGAAAGGCAGCCUCCGGCCUCCGAGAGUGGAGGCUGCUCGGGCCACUGCAGAGACCUACGACCCAGCUGCGUGCAAAGGUGUCCAGCCUGUCUCACAAGAUCCGCUCUGGGGGCGUGCGGCGCGCGGAGGGUGCGUGCGCCUUGCGCACGGAGGUAGAGGCAGUGUCCCUAAGCGUUCCACAACGUGGUGCAGAGGCUGUCAUCUGUCAGGCUUAUGAGCCGGCCGAUUACAACCUCCGGGAGACUGACAUUUAAGGACCGAAACCCAGGCUGGGGAAUGUGCUGGGGCCCAAGGAUAGGUGUUUUGUGGGAUGCUGCCUUCGGGUCCAAGACUCUGACGGGGU